GGGGGCCGCCUCCUUAUUAUGAGGACGCGCUCUGAGCAGCGGCCUUGAUGCAGGAGGAGGGGGAGGAAAGGAGGGGGUGUUUAUGCGGUCAGGACUCGGGGCCAGUGGGCGGCGCAGACCCUUGAAGAUGCAUAGAACCUGGAUGCGGAUGUUGCUCACCUAAAGAUGCUAUAAGUCAGCUGCUGUCGGAGAAUCGGUGUCAUAUUUAACGUUUCAGCCGGAAACAUUAAGGCGAAAAACCUUCGUGAUGAACACAGUGUCUUUGUCUGGAAAUCUGUGGGUGCGCGAGAGGAAACAAUAAUUUGUAUUUAUUCCUCGGGAAACAAGAAGGAUUUGCGCCCCUGUCUCAGUCGGUUGGAGGGCACUUCUUUCCAUCGGUGUUAAGUCGGAUAAACGAGAGAAUGACAACAACAGACCGUGCGUAAACAUCCACUGAGCGGCUUAUAUAUACACGUCUUUAUGCGCUCACGGGCAGUGUGAUGACACACACAGAAAGAGAAGAGAAGUGAUGCAGUUUGAUCAAAGCUGUCACUUCUGAUUUGCAGAUCAGGCCUUGGGGACCUAAAACAUCUGCAGGAAUUUAUAAACAAACACAUCAUUUAUUUAUUUUAAUUCCUCUAUUGAGGGACAGUGUGCGUCCACCACUCGCACGCACUGAUUCGUUUUACUUUGGCCGGUAGAUGCUCUUGUCUCUGACGCUAUUCCUGUGGAGACUCCGUCGAUAUUUCUUCAUCAUGUUCAGCUCCGAGAGACUCUCAGUGCCGGAUUAUGUCAGCCGGCUGCAGAGAGGGAGGAGUGGCUCCGGCUCAGGCUCUGGAUCCGGCUCAGGCUCCGACUCCCCCCGCCCGGUCUCUCCCGGCAUCGGCGCCGACGUCCAGGCGGUUCUGGACGUCUCCAUCCCCGCCCUGCGCUCCGCCAUCAAGAGGCUGAAGUCAGCCAAGGAGCUGGAUGAUUCCGAGGAAACCCGCGGGGCCAUUGCGAAAAUCUUUCAGUUGGUGGAGGAGGCCUGGAUUUUACCCGCUUCAGGCCGUCAGGUGGCAGAGGAGAUUUGCAACAGGAUCCGACUAGAUGGGGGCCUGGAUCUGCUGCUUCGCCUACAGCAGACACCUGCUGUGGAGAUAACCUAUGAGUCUGCAAAACUGCUGGAGCAGAUCCUGAUCUCAGAGAACAGAGAUUAUGUAGCACGUAUGGGGCUGGGGGUCAUCCUCAACCUGGCUCAACAGCAGGACGACGCUCAGCUGGCUCGCAGUGUCUCGGGCAUUCUGGAGCACAUGUUCAAACACACCGAGGAGACGUCUAUCCACCUCAUCACUAACGGUGCCCUAGAUGCUCUCCUCUUCUGGUGUAGGAGUACGGAUCCCACCGUGCUGCGACACUGUGCUGUGGCCCUUGCUAACUGUGCCAUGUACGGAGGCCACCGCUGCCAGCGAUGGAUGAUCGAGAAACAAGCAGCUGAGUGGCUUUUCCCACUGGCUUUUUCCAAAGAGGAUGAACUUAUUCGGUUCCAUGCGUGCCUGGCUGUAGCGGUAUUAGCUGCAAAUAAGGAAAUAGAGAAAGAGGUGGUAAAAUCUGGGACCUUGGAGCUGGUGGAGCCAUUUAUUGCAUCUUUGGAUCCGGAUGAAUUUGCCCGCAAUUUACUGGACAGGGCCGACAGCAUGCAGGGCAGGACAGCAUCUGAUCUGCAGCACCUCUUACCAUUACUGGAUGGCACAAGACUAGAGGGAAAGUGCAUUGCAGCCUUUUACCUCUGUGUUGAAACCAGCAUCAAAUCUCGUCAGCGCAACACAAAGAUAUUUCAAGAGAUCGGAGCAGUGCAGAGCCUUAAAAGAAUUGCCAUGUAUUCCACUAAUGGUACCGCCUGUGCCCUCGCUAAACGGGCGCUGGUAAUGAUGAAAGAGGAAGUACCGAAACGUAUCCCGCCAUGUGUUCCUAACUGGAAAACCUGCGAGGUGCAGACAUGGCUGCAGCAGAUCGGCUUCAGUGCCUAUUGUGACCUUUUCAAGGAGCUGCAGGUGGACGGAGACCUCUUGCUGAACAUCACAGACCAGGACCUGAUUAGUGAUCUGCGCAUGACUACAGGCCUUACCCGUAAAAGAUUUCUUAGAGACCUGCGUGUGUUGAAAACAUAUGCCAACUACUCCACCUGUGACCCAAACAAUAUGGCUGAUUGGUUAGUCAAGGUGGACCCUCACUUCCGUCAGUACACCUAUGGUCUGGUGCAGUCAGGUGUGGAUCGCAGCAACAUCCAAAACCUGACCGAUCAGCAGCUUCACCACGACUGCAGUAUAGACAAUGGAGUCCACAGAGCCAAGAUCCUGUCUGCAAGUCGCAGACCUUUAAAAACCUGCCACACUGAUGCCCAGCCUGCAGGACCUGAUGUGUUCAUAAGCUACCGCCGGACUACUGGCUCCCAGCUGGCCAGCCUCCUGAAGGUUCACCUGCAGGUUCGAGGAUACAGCGUAUUCAUAGAUGUGGAAAAGCUGGAGGCUGGAAAAUUUCAGGACAAACUGAUUCAGAGCGUCCAGCGAGCACGUAACUUCAUCCUGGUCCUGUCUGCCAAUGCACUUGAUCGGUGCAUGAGUGACACUGCCAUGAAGGAUUGGGUGCACAAGGAGAUAGUUACAGCCUUGGGUUCUGAGAAGAACAUAAUUCCUGUCGCAGAUAAUUUCGCGUGGCCGGAGCCCACGUCUCUGCCAGAGGACAUGAGGCAGAUUCUCAAUUUCAAUGGCGUCAAAUGGUCCCAUGAAUAUCAGGAGGCCUCGAUGGAGAAAAUCCUUCGUUUUCUCAAAGGACGACCAGACCAAAUCGACGGACCAGACGCCUCCAAAGGGGAGAAAAAGAAAUAAACACGAUAAGACAGAUUCUGUUCAGCUAUAAUAAUAACUCAUGCCAAAGUCCACAUGGCCUACAGUGAAAUGGCCGGCAGCUUCUCCUGCUCUGAUUAUGCAUGUGAAGUGAAUUUGAUUAUGUUUAAAUUCCGUGCCCACAUUAAGACCUAAUAUGCAGAGGACAGUAAAUACAAUUUAAAGAAGGGAAUUAAUAUUGUAUAUAAUAAACUUGAAGCCUUUAAUGAUAGCAUCCUUUUAUCGCUGUAAAUGUAUAAUCAGGUACGCCUACUGUCUCUCAGGUAAUUAACUUUGAUCCGCCGCCAAUCGCCGUCAGUGGCUCCUGGCAAAAUCAUCAACAGCAAAGUCAGAGGCAUCUGCUGACAUAUCAGUUUUCAUAAGAGCUAUAAUGAGUCAUCGGUUGUUCAUAUACUCAUACUAAACAUUCACAGGACAAAAGCAGGUCUCUGUCUUUACCGACGUGUUUUUUUUUUUGUGGUUGUGACAAAAGCCAUUUCCUAGCAUUAAAUUGAUUACAUGAUGAGGGCGUUCUUGGUGGUUAUAAUGUCAUAUAACCUACAUUAUAACCCACAUUAUGUGCUAUAUACUAUAAACCUGCAUGUGACUUUAACCAAAGGCGGGGAAGUGUACAGGCAACAGAACACGUGCAUUUAGUAAUAAAUGUUUCCUUUCCUAUAUAAGAUGGCUAGAUCAUUUUACUGUGAAUUAACUUACAAUGAUCAAAAAUGCACUUCUAACUCCCAGGAAAAUUAUAACAGAUAAAUGUAAUUAACACAGUUUGUUAACUGCCAAUAGUGCAACAUAUUUGAACUACAAAUAUUACUAUUUUGACUAGUGGUUUAUUGUGGUGUGAGUAUGUGGCUGCUUUUGCAAUUGGUAUUUCACUCAUGGUCCAUCAGGUAAGUCAAAAUAAGAUAUAGCCAAUUAAAUGUUAGAGAGAGCACAGAGCGGUAGACAACCAAGUAGAUCAAACUUUUGACAGUUCUGAAAUUCUGAUGAUUCAUUUGUGAAAUCCAAAUUAAGCAAAACGGUUGUCAAGUUGUUUUAUUGUAUGUCAUGUCACCAAAAAAUACAUUAUUAUGGCCUGAUCUGCUCCUCUGCAGAGAUUUCAUCUGAUUUGCCUUAAUAUCGUUUGCCUUUAAUGUCUAUCUUAUUUA